UAUGUAGUGUUUUUUAUUGUGUAUAUGUGGACAAAAAUGUAAGCUCUUGUGAUUAAAGUACAAAAUAUUGUUAUUCUAAUUUUUUUUCAUAACUUAUUUCUCACAUCACUCAAUGAAAUCGAUUGGUUUAGUUAAUUUUUUUGUUAAAUUAUUAUUUGUAAAUAUUAAUAUCAACUAUAUUUCAUUUUAAAAUAUUAUUAACAUAUUAUCACAUUCUUUGGCUUAUUUAAUUAUGUCAUAUUGUAUCAACUCUAAUAUUAUGGAGCUAGGUGUAAUGCCAUCACAGUUUCUUAAUGUAAUUAUUGGUGAAAAUCAAACAACUUCAAAUUCUACUAAAAAAGUUCACCCAGAUAUGAUUAUAAAAUCGGUUUCAAAAUCAAUGAAAAGAACUUUAGAAUCGGAAACUACAAUCAUUCCAAUCUAUUCAAAUUCUAAACAAGCAAAAUUGAUUAAUGUUAGUUCAGUUCAUGAAGAACAUGAUGCAACAAAUGAUUUUCCAAUUAAAUUGCCUGCAACUUUACUAGCUGAAUGCACAGUUGAAAUAUCAAAUAUGCCUAAUAAAAGUAUGAGGCAACUGGCAGAUGAAGAAUUUAUUGCUACAGUUCAUAGUCCAAUACUUCAAAGAAAAACUGAUGGAUUACUGAAAAUUUCAGAAAAAGAAUUGUCAGAUGUUCAUGAUAUGAUAACCCGUGUCGAAGCUGUUUACUCAGAUGAUGAAGAUUCAUCAAAAUUUGUAGAUUCUAGAGAUGAAACUCAACAAUCUGACAACACAUUUCCAUUUUCUUGUGAAUAUUGUCCAAAUAAGUUCAGUAAUAGAGGUGCUCUUUGGCAGCAUACAGUUGCAACACAUUCUAUUGAAAAAACAUGUGAAUGUAAUUUAUGUGGAAGAAAGUUUUAUCGCAAUUGUAGUCUAGCAUUACACAUGAAAAGUCAUUCAGAUGAAUAUAACUGUGCAUGUACUAUUUGUGGUAGAGAAUUUAACCGUUUUACAUUAUUACAACGUCAUGCUAAACUUCAUUCAGAAGUGGCUCAUUUUAAAUGUAGUGCUUGUAACCAAUCGUUUGAAGAUUUAAAUACUCUUCAACUUCAUGCUACAGAACAUAAAGAUAAAUUAGCUUGUGAUCAGUGUAAGGCUGUUUUUAGUACCAAAGAAUCAUUAGAUGUACAUACAGAAGCCAUGCACGGUGAUCAUCAAGAUGAUAUUAUUCAGGUGAGAGUGCAAGGAGGAGAAAAUACAUAUGCAUGUCGUUUUUGUGGUAAAACUUAUGGGGCAAAAGCUAUUGUUAAAAAACAUGAGCUUAUACAUACUGGUGAACGUUUGAAAUGUGAUGAAUGUGGCAUUGAAUUUACACAAAAAUCAUCACUUAUGCGUCAUACUAAACGCAUUCACCCGUCUGUUAACUGAUUAAUAGUAUAAUUACAAACCCAUGGACCAAUUUUAAACAUAUUUCAUUUUUUCUCAACUGACAAAGGUAAAAAAAUUAUCAGUUGCUAUAAUCAACCAAAGUUCUAAGAUAGUCAAAUAUUAGUUUUAUACAGAAAACAGUAGCAAUUACUUUCUUUAUAUUGUGAAUAAAGUCUUGAAAUUUUCAUUACAAUGACUGAUGACCUGAUAGGUCUCUUAUUUCUUACUAUUUAAUUAAGUUUAAAUACUUAUCAAUUAAAAUAUAAUGUUACUCUAUUUACUCUAUAAGACUAAAAAACUGCCUAUGCAUGACAAAUUAUUUAUAAUUAUGAGCAUCAAUUAUGUUAAAUCUACAAAUACAAAUUAUAUUUAGUUAAAUGUUAAUGUUAUGAUAGUUUAUAAAUUUAUGAUAUGCAAUUCUUUUUUUGAUUUUGUUAUUAUCCAGAGUAAAACAUAGCUGUGAUAUGUAAAGACAGGUGCUGGAUACAAGUA